AUGUCCUUCCUCGAUUCACAUAUCAUUAUUUCUAAAUGUUCAUUAAUUUCCAAGGAGUGGAACGAAUUGAUUAUUGACAUGAUAAAAUUAUCAAUCGAUUUUAACAAAAUACAAUUCAAUGAUCAAAAAUUGCACUUGAUGAGCAAGAGUAAAUUUAAGAAUUGUGUCGUAGAUUUGAAAAUUGAUUAUAAGAAUAUUACGGAAUUAACAAAUAUUACUCAAUUUGAACAGUUGAAAAGUUUGGAUAUUACAAGUAGUGAAAUUGGUACUGCAGGUGCUAGAUUCAUUAGUCAAUUGAAACAUUUAACCAAGCUUGAUAUUGAUUUCAAUAAUAUUGGAGCUGAAGGAGCUGUAUUUAUUGGGAAAAUGGAUCAAUUGACCUAUCUUGAUAUUUCUGGGAAUAAUAUUCGAGGUGAAGGAGUAAGAUACAUUAGCGUUUCUAGAUUUGCAUUAUAA